ACGCGAUUCCGCUUUGUCGCCGGUCUACUGUCCGCAUCGUCCCUUGUAAACAUUAAACAACAAAUUUCAUCCAUCGUGUUCCCCCAUCCCACCGUGCGGUGUGUUGUCGAGGUUCUCGACCGAGAUAGAAUAUGACAAAAAUGGCCGACGGCGUGGACAUAGAUUUGUACGCCGACGAUUUAGAACAAGACUUUGCACAGGAAGAGUUUUCGGGAAAUGACAAUGUAGAUUUAUAUGAUGACGUCAUUUCUGGGACUAAUGAUAGUACCCAGACUCGACAAGCUGAUGCGUCUCCUACUUCUAACAGCCAAAAUAGUACUCCAUUGGUUACAAAUGGUUCAUCCAAUAAUAGCACUACAAGUAAUAAUACUACUACUGGUCGUAGGUACCAGUUAUAUAUUGGAAAUUUAACAUGGUGGACUACUGAUCAAGAUAUUACAGAUAGCGUUACAAGUAUUGGUGUGUCAGAUUUCAUAGAAGUUAAAUUUUUUGAAAACCGAGGCAAUGGGCAAUCUAAAGGUUUUUGUGUUGUUACACUGGGUUCAGAACAUAGUUUACGGUUGGUCAUGGAUAGAUUACCCAAAAAAGAAUUACAUGGACAAUCACCAGUUGUCACUUUCCCGACUAAACAAGCACUUUUACAAUUUGAAUCACAAUCUAAAACUAGACCUGUGCCUCCGCCUAAUAAUCAAAACAUGUCUGGUAUGGGUAUGUCUAGAACUCCUGGACAAGUUAUGCAGCAACCAAUGCGAGGCCCUAUGAUGACGCAGCAGCCAAUGAUGCAACAGCAAGGUAUGAGACCCAGAAUGCCUAUGCAAAGUAUGCAACAACCUCCUCAAGGUAUGCAACCACCUAUGGGCAUGACCAAUGGUCAUCGAAUGCCUAUGCAACCAGGUGGUCCAAUGGGUCCUCAUCAACAGGGACCACCACCUCCUGGUUAUCAAAAUCAAUGGAAUGGCCCAAAUCAGCAAAUGGGUGGACCUAGACCAGUAAUGCCACCACAAGGACCAGUUGGACAGCCACGUGGACCUCCUCCAGGAAUGUAUCCCCCUGGUCAAGGACCUCCAAGAAUGGGUCCACCUCAAGGUUCACAAGGCCCUCCAGGACCUGCGGGUCCUCGUAAUGAUUGGAACCGUCCUCCUGGUAUGCCUCCUCAUCAAAUGGCGCCUCCAGGCACAAGUUUUUCUACACAUCAACAAGGUCCACCUAUGCAAGGUCCUCCUCCUGGUCAAGGUCCUGUUCAAAUGAUGUCAAGUGGUCCUGGUCAAGCUCCAGCCCCUCAUGUUAAUCCUGCAUUUUUUCAACAGCCAAGUGGUGCACCUCAAGGGCCUCCAGGUCUUCCUGGAUAUGGUCCACCUAAUGGUGGGCCUGCUUCUCGGCCAUACAUGGGCAAUGAAUUGGGAAUGUCUGAACAAGAAUUAGAAGAAAUAAUGAGUAGAAAUAGAACAGUUUCUAGUUCAGCUAUUGCAAGAGCAGUUGCUGAUGCUGCUGCUGGUGAAUAUUCCAAUGCUAUAGAGACCUUGGUAACUGCAAUAUCAUUGAUUAAGCAGUCUAAAGUUGCAAAUGAUGAACGUUGUAAAAUAUUGGUCAGUUCUUUACAUGAUACAUUGCAUGGUAUCGAGUCUAAAAGCUAUAGUUCCAGAAGGGAGAGAUCUAGAUCACCACGUGACAGAUUACAUCGUAGAUCAAGGCGUGAACGUAGUAGAUCUCGAGAACGUGAUUACAGAGAUAGAAGUCGUGAACGUGAUAGAGACAGAGAAAGAGAUCGUGAUAAGUAUGUUGAUCGUUACUAUGCAACAGACCGUGAUGGUGAUAGAGAAAGGGAAAGGGAAAGGGAUCGUGAAUACAGGGAAAGGAGUCGAGAAGACAGUUCUGUAAAAGCAAGCAGCCGAAGUAGAAAAAUCACUCCGCCUGAUGUAACCGAAUCUGUUCCUGUAUCCUCUAAAUCCAGAUACUAUGAUGAUCGUUAUCGAGAACGUGAGCGUGAUAGAGAUAGGGAACGUGAUCGUGAUCGGGAACGUGAAAGGGAGCCAGCUUCAAGUAGACGUGCAGUUGAUCCCGAUCGGGAUAUUGAACGUGAAAGAGAUCGUAGAGAAGAUAGAGCUGAAUCUUCACACCGUAGUUCUAGACAUUAAUACAUAUGUGGCGUCGCUGAUCCAUCCAUUAAUUUUGUAUUAAUACAAGUUUGUGCAAGACUGUAUCGUUGAAAUAAUGUAUACAUUUGUAAUUUGUACAAAAGUCAUUGGUCAUAAAU